AUGCUUACGGUCUCAUUCAGCUACUCUGGAGAAGACGUGAUAGGAGAUGUUGCUUACGAUGCCUUCCUCGGCGAAGGUUGCUCCGGAACCACCGGCCAACACAGCUACGAAGUGAUGAUUUGGCUCGCUGCAUUGGGAUCUCUGGGUCCGAUUGGGAGCAGCGAUGAUGGUGGCUCAGCCUUUGGUUUUGCCCCCCGAAACGUGAAAAUCAGCAACUCCGAUUGGGUGCUGUACUAUGGCAUGAAUUAUGGAACGAAUACCCCGGUGUAUAGCUUCAUUCCACCCGCGGGCACGCAGUACAACAGCUUUGGCGGCGACCUCAUGCCUUUUUUUACAUAUUUAAAAGGCAUCAAUGGAGCUCUUUCUUCUCUGUUUCUGCAAAGCAUACAGGCAGGGACGGAGGCAGUGAAUGCAACAGGGCCGGCUGUAUUUACGACCUCGUCAUAUUCCAUCGGUUGA